AUGGCGUCUACAUCUGCCACCAACCCAGAUACUCUGGUCACCUUGAAAGUCAAUAUCGAAGGUAGCAACCGUCGAUUCAAGCUUCCCCUCCGUGAUCUUGGUGCCAGCACACUCCCAGACAAGCUUCGAUUCCUCCUUUCCAUUCCUCCUACCUCCGAGGCAGUAUUCGAGCGUUACUCCGACUCUGCCGCUGCGUUCGUCGUCCUCGACCCAUCCAACGUCUCGGUCUACAAACAGCUAUAUCGUGCAGCUAAGGCAAAGCUAAAGCUACGUCUCAAGGUCACUGUCAACCACAAGGAACCUAUUACUCCAAAACCCGCUACCGUCGAAGACGAGGAGGUCGCCCCAGUCAGCCCUGUCGAGACUGAGCCCGUAGCUGCUCAAGAGCCUACAUAUCAAGCACCAACCCCAGCCGCACAACCACAACCACAACACACCACUUACUCAGAACAAGCCAACGGCUCUGUUGCAGAUAUCCAGCGUGGCCUGGAGGAGCUUCUCAUCAACCAACCUCGUUACUACUCCAAGUCUGACUCCAAGUUUGGAGCCGAAUCAAGUAUGCCUGCUCCCCCAAUGUGCUGCAGCUACUCCAAAACCACCCCAUGCCUCGACCUCGAUGGUGAAUUACCAAUUCUUGCAAACUCUGCUACUGCUCGCGAUAACUGGUACGCCGAGCUCGCAAGCGUUUCACAAGCUCGCCAAAUGGCCGUCAGUGCACACCACGGUGUGUCGCACCCUACUGUGAGCGUGUUCUCCGUAUACUGCAACGACUGCGGUUCGGCUAUUCCAGAUGAGCAUUAUCACUGCAGCACCUGUGACGAUGGCGACUAUGAUCUAUGCCAAAGGUGUGUCGAUGAUGGAGUCCUCUGCGGUGGUGAGGAGCACUGGAUGAUCAAGCGUUUCGUCAAGAACGGCAAGGUCAUCAACAGCACAACCGAGACAAUCGCACCAAAGCCAAAGGCUCUUUUCUCCGAGUCCAAGACUACCCUGGCUGCAGAGGAGUCAAAGAUUGUCGCUACUCGUACUUGCAACUCUUGCAUCAGAGAACUCACCGAGGAGCGCUUCGUUACUUGCACCAGCUGCGCUGACUUUGAUCUCUGCAUUUCUUGCCUUGUUGCAGCAAACCAUGGUCACCACCCCAAGCAUGCCUUCACUCCAGCUGUUGAGGAUACCCAACUUGACCUAGUAGUUCAGGCUCUCCUUGCACCAGGUCGCAACACUGGCCACAACGCAGUCUGCGAUGGCUGUGAUAAAUACAUCUAUGGUGUUCGACACAAGUGCCUCGAUUGCCCUGACUGGGAUUUCUGCUCUGUCUGCAUGCCAAAUGCAAACUUCAUUCACCCACGCCACCGCUUCGUACCUAUUUACGAGCCGCUCAACGACCUUGCGGCCAUCUCCCGCGCUUAUAGCAGCAAAGCUCGUCACAUUGGCAUUUACUGCGACGGCCCUCUUUGCAACGAGAGCAAUGGAGUUCAGACCUACAUCAAGGGUGACCGAUACAAAUGUGCUGUAUGCCACGAUACCGACUUCUGUGCCAGCUGCGAGGCUAGCCCAUCUAACCCCCACAACAAGACCCAUCCUCUCAUCAAGUUCAAGACCCCAGUCCGAAACGUUAGCGUUACCACAUUGGGAGAUCACGAGGAUGGCAAGCCAAUGCCAGUCAUGGGAGAUCGCCGCCCAAGACAAACACACAAGGCUACAGAGACCAGCCAGCCUCCAUCCGCAAACGCCGCCACUCAGGUACAGACCGUUGCUGACCUUGAGCCCACCGAGCCUGUCAAGACAGAGGAGGCACAUGAAGUCGAGGCACCAAAGACUCCCGAGCCAGCUGAGGCUGAGGAGGUCAAGGAGCUUCCAGUUGUUGCACCUGCCGCUGACUUGAUCGCUCAUUAUGUUCGUGAUGUUAUUGCUGACGGUACCACUCUACCACCAAACUGUGUUUUCGAGCAGACCUGGUACCUCCGCAAUGGUGGUAACAGUGCAUGGCCUGCCGGAUGUAGCGUCAAGUUCGUCGGUGGUGACAACAUGUGUGCUGUCGACCCAGCGCACCCAGCGUCUGUUCACGAGCUCGUCUCUGCUGCCGAGAGCACAACCUGCUACACCGAGGUUGCUCCUGGCCAAGAGGUUGGUUUCACCGUGUUGAUGCGAACUCCACCACGCGAGGGUAACUUCAUCUCAUACUGGCGUCUCACUGGCCCAGCUGGAGACAAAUUUGGCCACAGACUCUGGUGUGACGUUAAUGUCAACGAGCCAGCUCAGCCAGUCAAGGAGGAAGAGCCAGAAGAAGCUAAGGAGGAAGUCGCUGAGCCAAAGAUCGAGACCGAAGGCAGCCAAAUGAUCUUCCCCAAGCUCGAGAAGGAGUCUCCUGCUAGCAGCAUUCACCAGGAAGCUCCAGCCGCCGCCUCAGUACACGAGGAUGCUGAAGACGACUUUGAGGACUUUGUCGACCAAGAUCUUGCUGAUGAGGAGACUGAUGAUGGCUUCAUGACCGAUGAGGAGUACGAUAUUCUGGAUGCUUCCGAUGAGGAAUACCUCGCCGAACAGGCGAAGGUUACAAGAAAGUAG